AUGGAGGUCAAAGGACAUCUGAUCACAUCCAUGGGUUUGGGGGCUCCCGAUGUUCAAGGCAGCCAGGACAACAAGCUGCAGGCUGAGAGGAUCGCAGCUUUGCAAGAGAGGAAGCAGGCCCUGGAGGCUCUCCUCAACACCAGAGUGGGAGAGCUCAAACAAGUCUGUUUGCAGGAAGCGGAGCUGACUGGGAAGUUGCCACGUGCUUUCCCCCUGGAGACGGGAGAAAAACCCCCACUUGUGCAGCGCAGGGCUGGCUUGGCGCCCAACACCAAGGCAGAGGAUGAGGCUGCCCAAAGAAAGCAGAUGAAAGCCAUCUUCACCGGUGCUCUGUACAGACACUCAGAAUCGGAUCGAAAUGUCCCAAAUAGCAAGAGGACAGUGCAUCGGGGGUGUCACACAGAGGACACUGUCAUGUCGGAGAGUACAAGCUCCAUGUCAGAUUCAACUUCCCAUGACAAUGAGUCUUCUCCCAGCGUGGCCGCUGACCAGCGCUCUCUGUCGCAGCCCCGUCUCACUGUGGGCAGCCCUGACCACAGGAUCAGCAGGAAACUGUCUCCAGUAGAGAUUUACUACGAGAUGAGGACACGCCGCAACUCUGUCACAAGCUCUGUGAGCCCAACUCACUCGCUACCAAGAAGUGCGUCUAACGUUGAAGGUAGAAGUGUUCCAGCGACUCCUCUCCUGGCCCGAACUGCUCCAAUCAGCGUUCAUGUCCGGUCAGAUGCAUCGGGCGGUAAUGGGUUGAAGCAGUGGUCUGGCAGCCUGGAUGUCCCGUAUAUGAUUCCAUUGGCCCCUGAGGGCUCAUCCUCUGACCGCCGAGGCUGCCCGUACAGCUCCCGAGCCAGACGCAGUAACAGCUCUGAGGCCCUGUUGGAUAGAUCGAGUCUCCCUGAUGAUCCAGCAACCAGAAACGGGAUGCCCCCCAGAGGAGGGCCCUACAAGAGCUCAGAGACGCUGACUGAUGGAAAGCUGCGACACAUUCACCUGGGCAGCCCUGAGAGACAUGUGGACGGCUCUGUGGAACAGGCCAAAAUGCGUCUGUCCAUGGGCGGCAGAGGAGCUGGGGGAGGCUACAAUGAGCUAUUAAUGGACUAUAUCUGGGGGAAACAGCAGAGGAUGCAAGUGCAGCACCACCUGUACCAGUCCACAGGGAGGAUCUGGCAGGACAUGACCUCUCCUCGAUCCUCCACAGCGGUGGCGCCGCCCCAUGCCAACGGCUUUUCUCAUUCCCAGGUGCAUCUCCCCAGCGCUGCACCUCCUUACAGCCCCAUGGUCCUCCGAGGGUCCCAAGCCGAGCUGCGCAGGGUCAAAGUCACCAGAACCAAAUCUUGUGGACCCUUUAUUCCUUUGCAGCAACAUCCCCAGGAUGCAAUCCUAUUAUCAGCAUACGAGUCUCCCCUUCCUGCCACUGGCACCACCACAUCCUCCAUCCCCAACCUGCACCCCUACCAGACUGAGCUGUCUGGCCCCUCCUUCAGUCGCAGACCCCCACAGUUCUCUCUUCCGACCCCAGAAGACUCAACCAGAAGCCUGCAUAAAGCCCUGGCUCUGGAGGGACUGAGGGACUGGUACCUGAGGAAUGCCCUCGGCUAUCCACCUGCUGCCUCUAAGGGCCACGAGGCAGGGAUCUCUCGCCUUUCACAUCCCCACCCGCUGGUGCACCAGGCCCAGUCUGUACAAGGUGAAGCAGCCAACCUCCACAGGCCUCAGAUACCCCAGUCAGCCAGCUUCCACGGUCUCCCACUGCAUGGAAGGUCGAUGGAGUUCUCUCUGUAUCAGGAGACUCCUCAUCCACAGAUGCAAGAGGUGACCCCAAAGGAACCCAGCGCAGACCCAGGCACCCUAGUCUGAUGCA